AUGGGAAACACCUCCAAGCCAGCAGCUUCUAUGCUCCUUGGAAUUGUCGCUGUGCUCUGUGCCCUUGGAAUGGGAAGCAUCUUCCGAUCGUCGUGGAAGGCUUCACUCGGAACUUUUUUGCUGGGCAUCAUUACACUCAUAAUUUUUUUGACAACUCGCCAUCUCCAAAUACAACGAGAUCGUCUUAGCCGCCCUUUGAAAUUAUCCGAUGAUGUCAAAGAAGCUGGCUCAGGCCUGCUCAGAGGAGCCUACCUGCUGGUAGUUCUCGGCUCAGGCGGUCAUACAAAGGAAAUGCUCGCCAUGAUGGAAAUUGGCUUUCCCAAUGUGCCUGACAUGCAUCGGCGUUACCUCAUCUCAAGUGGUGACAGCAUGUCUCUUAAACACCUCGAGGCAUUCGAGAGGGACAUCAAGGCUACCCAUGGUGAGAAAUGGGCUGGCACGUACGAUCUGCAUAUUGUAGCUCGAGCACGUAAGAUCCAUCAGAGUCUUCUUACAACUCCCUUUUCGGCGAUGCUUUCGGUUACCCAGAUCUUCCCGCUCCUGCUGUCUUCUCCUUUUACGGGCGCACGAAAACGACAGCAAUUUCCAGACAUCAUUUUGACCAACGGACCCGCAACGGGAUUUAUUGUUGGGUUGGUGGUGUAUCUUCUCAAGAUAUUCUAUGUAAUACCCGAGGACACCGCUCAGGUUCUUUUUAUUGAGUCGUGGGCCAGAAUUCGCUCUCUCAGCCUGACAGGCAAACUAUUUCAUCACACUGGCAUUGCUGACUUGCUCCUUGUACAACACGAACCGGUAGCCAAGGCGUAUGGUGUCACCAAUGCAGGAUGUAUGGUUGUGAAGGAAAGGUGA